AUGUUCCUAGGAUCAAGCCAAAUCUACUACUAUCUCGGAACUGGGUUGUUGUUUACAGCUGGUUCGGCGGUAGUUUACAAUGGCUGGGACUACUACGCUCCUCGCCAAAACAAUAAAAUUAUUUGCCUGGCGCAUAUUAAUACUAAUCUAUUAGCUUGCCUUUGGCUUAUUCAGGGGAUAUUAAUGUUAGCAUGUUGUGUUAGUUAUAGUGUUUUUACUAGCUAUGACGCUAAAAGUAAAAAGAAGACCUUUUUAGUGACAUAUUCGGCACUUUUCCUUAAAGUGUGCCCUAAAGUCGUAAAGUUGUUGCAUCUUUUUAACUUUUGUCAGCUGUUUGCAAUCAUCUUUGACCUUUUAAUACUUCCAGAAUGUAACUCUUAUAAACUUCGAUAUCUCUUUGUUAUCGCACUUUCAAUUAACUGGCUAAUAGCCAUUUGGGGUCUAAUGCUACGUAAAAGGAUACUCUUGCCACCCUUUGUAUAUGACCCGGCGACAUAUAAAAAAGGCUACCUUACCAGUCUUAGGGAUUUCAUCGAGCCCAUGGGUAUCUAAUUCUCUAAUCUACUAUC